CAACUGAAUUUUAUAAAAAUUUUAAUUAGAGAACCAACCAAGUCCAAGUCUUAUUAUUUGCAAUACGAAGGCCAAUCAUUGUCAAACAAACCGCACGGCUUUGGGGUUAUAUCAAAAAUUUACAAAAACGGAUUCUCAGAAAAGUAUUACAACGGGACUUUUGUCUUCGGGAAGAAACAAGGAUUCGGUGGGCUCUGGACUAAUAAUUAUUACUACGAGGGAGAUUUUUUCGCGGACAAAAAACAUGGAUUCGGAAGAAUUUGGUACAAAAACGGUAGCUUUUAUCAAGGCAACUGGAAAGACGGCUCUUACCACGGCGACGGAAUGAUAAUAAAAGAUAACGGGAACCGAUACCAAGGAAAAUUUAUCCAGGGAAGAAAACAUGGCGACGGAAUAUUCUAUCACUUGAAAACGGGACAAAUGCAAAAAGGAUACUGGAUUAAUGACACUUGUGCGAGUAGCACUAUUGAAGAUAUUUACUGGCGUCAAUCAGCGCUUCAACCUUCGCCGUAUCCAAUUCCCAAAUUGGUAAUUUAG